AUGCCUGAGCCGGCAAAAUCUGCUCCAGCACCGAAGAAGAAAGCCGUCACCAAGACACAGAAGGGUGACAAAAAACAUAGAAAGUCUAGGAAGGAGAGCUACUCGAUCUACAUGUACAAGGUGCUGAAGCAGGUGCACCCCGACAUGGGCAUCUCGUCCAAGGCCAUGGGCAUCAUGAACUCGUUUGUCAACGACAUCUUCGAGCGCAUCGCCGGCGAGGCCUCUCGGCUGGCGCACUACAACAAGCGCUCCACCAUCACCUCGCGGGAGAUCCAGACGGCCGUGCGGCUCCUGCUGCCCAAGCACGCUGUCUCUGAGGGUACCAAGGCUGUCACCACGUACACCAGCUCCAAGUCAAAUGGAUUUAAACUUACAUCUAAAGACUCUUUUAAGAGCCACCUAUGUUUGCUUGAAAUAAACUGUAAUCACAAAUGA